AUGAGCUUGGAGCGCGGGCUUCGCCAGCUGAGCAAGGCCAAAGCCAAGGCCCAGCGAAGCGGGCAGCUGCGGGAGGAGGCCGCCUCCUGCCACCAGCUGGGGGAGCUCCUGGCCAGCCAUGGCCGCUACGCAGAGGCCCUGGAGGAGCACCAGCAGGAGCUGCAGCUCCUGGAGAGCGCGGACGACGCCCUGGGCUGCGCGGUGGCCCACCGCAAGAUCGGGGAGCGGCUGGCGGAGAUGGAAGACUACUCAGCCGCCCUGAAGCACCAGCACCGCUACCUGGAGCUGGCGUGCUCCCUGUCCAACCACGUGGAGCUGCAGAGGGCCUGGGCCACCGUCGGCCGCACCUACCUGGACAUCUAUGACCACAGCCAGUCGAGGGAUGCCCUGCUGCAGGCCCAGGCUGCCUUUGAGAAGAGUUUGGCGAUUGUGGAUGAGAAGCUGGAGGGGGCUGUGGCCCAUCGAGAGCUGAUUGAGAUGAGGACUCGGCUCUACCUAAACCUGGGCCUCACCUUUGACAGCCUGCAGCAGGCGGCCCUGUGCAGCAACUACUUCAAGAAGAGCAUCUUUCUCUCUGAGCAGAACCACCUCCACGAGGACCUGUUCCGUGCCCGCUACAACCUGGGCACCAUCCACUGGCGUGGGGGGCAGCACUCCAAGGCCAUGCGCUGCCUGGAGGGCGCCCGGGAGUGCGCCCGUGCGCUGAAGAGGGGGUUCAUGGAGAGCGAGUGCUGUGUGGUGAUCUCGCAGAUUCUCCAAGACCUGGGGGAUUUCUUGGCUGCCAAACGUGCCCUGAAGAAGGCUUACAGGCUGGGUUCCCAGAAGCCUUUGCAGAGAAAGGUGGUCUGCAGUAACCUCAAAUAUGUGUUGAAGGUGAUCCGGCUGCAGCAGCAGCUGGGGGAGGCCAAGGGCCAGGACCCUGAAAGUGCCAUGGGCAUCUGUGAGCAGCUGGGGGACCUGUUCUCCAAGGCAGGUGACUUCCCCAAGGCAGCCGAGGCCUACCAGAAGCAGCUGCACUUGGCGGAACUGCUGGGCCGGCCAGGGCCUGAGCUAGCUGUCAUCCACGUGUCCCUGGCCACCACCUGGGGUGACAUGAAGGAGCCGGGCCGGGCAGUGCACCACUACGAGGAGGAGCUGAAGCUGCACAGUGGGAACCCCCUGGAGGAGGCGAAGACCUGGUUCAACAUUGCACUGUCCCGAGAGGAGGCUGGGGAUGCCUAUGAGCUGCUGGCACCGUGCUUCCAGAAGGCACUCAGCUGUGCCCAGCAGGCCCAGCGGCCCCGGCUGCAGGGGCGCAUCCUGCAGCACCUCCACACGGUGCAGCUAAGGCUGCAGCCCCAGGAGGCCCCUGGCACCGAGGCCAGACUUCAGGAGCUGAAUGUGGCCAAGGAUGGGGAGGAGGAUGAAGAGGAGGAGGAGGAGAACGAGAACAGUGAGGCUCUGGAGGUCAGCGAGGUGGAGCUCUCAGAGAGCGAGGAUGAGCCGCCAGAGGAGGAUGAGGAGCUGCGGGGCUGCCUGGGCCAGUGGAAGGUGAACAAGUGGAACCGGCGGAACGACAUGGGUGAGACCCUGCUGCACCGAGCCUGCAUUGAGGGCCAGCUGCACCGCGUCCAGGACCUGGUGAAGCAGGGCCACCCUGUCAACCCUCGGGACUACUGCGGAUGGACACCCCUGCAUGAGGCCUGCAACCACGGGCACUUGGAGAUCGUCCGCUUCCUGCUGGACCACGGGGCCACAGUAGACGACCCAGGCGGCUCAGGCUGCGAGGGCAUCACCCCACUGCAUGAUGCCCUCACCUGCGGCCACUUCGAGGUGGCUGAGCUGCUCAUUGAGCGUGGUGCAUCUGUUACCCAACAGACCACCAAGGGCCACAGCCCCCUGGAGACGCUGCGGCAGUGGGUGCGGCUGUACAGCAGGGACCUCGACGAAGAGACGUGGCAGAAGGCUGGCGCCAUGGAGAGGCUGCUCCGGACAGCCGCGGCGGGCCUAGCUCCCCAGGGCUCCCAGGCGCCCCCGGCCUUUCCGAGUAAUUCCCUAUUUGACCCUGAGACCUCUCCUCCCUCAAGCCCCUGCCCAGGAUCCCCCUCUUGUGAUCCAAGGCCCCCAGAGGCCUCACAGGCCCGUGGCAGGCUCUCCCCCAGGCAGGCGGCACCCACCGUGACCAGGCCUCGAAGGGGCCGGCUCGGGCUGACUAGCAGCAGCAGCUCGGAGAGUGAGGACAGCGAGGGCCCCUGCCAGCCAGCACAGAAGAGGCCUCGGCCCUCAGCAUCUGCCGAGCGGGUCCCAGCCCAGACGGCCAGCCUUGCCGGGGACAGAGAGGCAGCCGUGGCCAGUGCCAGCCGGGCGGCCUACCAGGCAGCCAUCCGGGGCGUGGGCAGUGCCCAGAGCCGCCACCUGGGGCCCAGCCAGCCUCGGGGCCUGGGUGAGGCCCCAGCCCCCUGGGCAGCCCUGGUCCCCGAGGAGGAAUGCCUGGAUGGAGACUGGCUGGAGGACGACUCGCCCUUGACUCUGGGCCGCCAGAGGGGCAGCCGCCCACCCCACCCCCCAGGCAGUGGGAACGGCACCAGGUGCGAGGCCUCGGGCUCAGGUAGCAGCGAGCGUCCCACCAGGCCCCGGACCCGGCAGAGCCGCCUGACCUCGAUCCACAAGAGUUGGCGUAUGGAGGUCAAAGCCAACACAGAGGCCAGCUCAGCUGCAGAGCCCCCAGGGAGCCCCGACAUUCCCGAGACCUCAGGUCCUGGGGAGGACAGCCUCUUGGCAGGCCAGCCCUCGGGCCCAGCCCUGCCCCCACCCAUCCGGGUUCGAGUCCGAGUUCAGGAUAAUCUCUUCCUCAUCCCCGUCCCACACAGCACCAAGGCCCGCUCCGUGGCCUGGCUGGCCGAGCAGGCUGCCCAGCGCUACUACCAGACCUGUGGGCUGCUGCCACGGCUGACAUUGCGGAAGGAAGGGGCCCUGCUAGCCCCGCAGGAUGCCAUCCCUGACGUGCUGCAGAGCAAUGAGGAGGUGCUGGCUCAAGUGACUUCAUGGGACCUACCCCCACUGGCCGACCGCUACCACAGGGCCUGCCAGAGCCUGGGGCAAGCGGAGCACCCACAGGUGCUGCAGGCUGUGGAGCGCCAGGGCUUGGGUCCGACGUUUGGUGUCUGCUCGCUGGCCCUGCGCCAGGCCCAGCUCACCCCCCUGCUGCGGGCCCUCAAGCUGCACGCAGCGCUGCGGGAGCUACGGCUGGCAGGGAACCAGCUGGGGGACGGAUGCACUGCUGAGCUGCUGGCUGCCCUGGGCACCAUGCCUAGCCUGGCCCUCCUCGACCUCUCCUCCAACCACCUGGGCCCGGCCGGCCUGCACCAGCUUGCCUCGGGCCUCCCAGGCCAGGCCGCCUCUCAGAGCUUGGAGGAGCUGGACUUGAGCAUGAACCCCCUCGGAGACAGCUGCGGCUUGGCCCUGGCCUCCGUCCUCCGGGCAUGCCCCUCACUCAGCACCCUGCACCUCCGGGCCUGCGGCCUUGGCCCCAGCAUCUUCCUGAGCCACCAGGCAGCCCUGGGUGGAGCCUUCCAAGACGCUGAGCGCCUGAAGACGCUGUCCCUGUCCUACAACGCCCUGGGUGCACAGGCCCUGGCCCAGGCCCUACAGAGCCUGCCCAUCAGUACCCUCCUGCACCUGGAGCUCAGCUCCGUGGCAGCCGGCAAGAGAGAGGCAGGGCUCAUGGAGCCCGUGGUCAGGUAUCUGACCAAGGAGGGCUGUGUGCUGUCAUACCUGACCCUGUCUGGAAACCAUCUGGAUGACAAAGCUGUGAGAGACCUGAGCAGUUGUCUCCCUUUCUGCCCCUCGCUCGUCUCACUGGACCUGUCUGCCAACCCUGAGGUCAGUUGUGCCAGCCUGGAGGAGCUCCUGUCCGCCCUCCAGGAGCGGCCCCGCGGCCUUAGCUUCCUCAGCCUGUCAGGCUGCGCCAUCCAGGGCCCCCUGGGCAUGGGCCUCUGGGACAAGAUCACUGCGCACCUGCAGGAGCUGCAGCUGUGCAGCCUGCGCCUCACGCCUGAGGACCGGGAAGCCCUGCGCCGGGUGCUGCCCAGCCAGCCGGGCCCUGGAGUGUGCACUUUGGACCGUGGCGCCAAACUCUUCUUCAGGUGCCUCUGA